AUGAAAUUAUUAAGAAAUCUUCGAAAAAUCUCAACUUUUCAAAUCCCUGAAAGAGGUCAUUAUAAACUCUUAGACAAUAAAGAUAUUGAUUUCUUUUCAAGCAUCCUUCCUAGCCACUCAAUCCUAACCAAAGAUCUUGAUGCCUAUAAUACAGAUUGGCUGCGUUUUCAUAAAGGCAAUUCCAGCAUUGUCCUAAAGCCAAAAACUACAGAGGAAGUAAAAUCUAUUUUGGAAUACUGCAAUAAAGAAAAAAUCGCGAUUGUUCCACAAGGAGGAAAUACUGGCCAAGUGAUCGGAAGUGUUCCUAUAUAUGAUGAAGUAAUUCUUUCAUUGCAAAACAUGAACCGAAUCUUGAAAAUCGAUUCUUCACAAGGAGUGGUUUGGACUGAAGCGGGGGUUAUUUUGGAAUAUUUGAAUAGCUUCUGUGAGGAGCAUGGAUGGAUUGUGCCAUUAGAUUUAGCAUCGAAAGGGUCUUGCUUUAUUGGAGGAAAUGUAGCAACUUGUGCUGGUGGGGUAAGGUAUAUUAGAUAUGGGUCAUUGCAUGGGAAUGUGCUUGGUCUGGAAGCUGUUUUGCCGACAGGUGAAAUUUUAUCUGAUUUAAAGGGGUUGCGGAAAGACAAUACAGGCUAUGACUAUAAGCAAUUAUUCAUUGGCUCAGAAGGCACUUUAGGAGUCAUCACAAAAAUUGCUCUGCUAUUAGCUCCUAAGCCUAUAUCCCAGCAGGUAGCAAUGAUUUCCUGCAAAAGCUACGAAAAUGUCUUGCAGCUCUUAAAAGAUGCUAAGCAAGGGAUCGGUGAAAUUCUCUCUGCUUUUGAGAUGAUGGACAGCUACAUUUAUUCUCUGCUUUUAAAGCACACUCCACGUACAAGAAACCCAUUUACAGCAGACUCAGAAUUUUAUGUUUUAAUUGAAACCUCUGGGAGCAAUAAAGACCAUGAUAUUGAAAAGUUGCAGGCUUAUUUGGAAAAUGGGCUAAAGAAUAAUGUGAUUACUGAUGCAGUUCUAGCCCUAGAUCAGGAGCAGGCUAACAAUUUCUGGAGAAUUAGAGAAGGUACAGCAACUGCAACAAAAAGUGAGGGUUAUGUCUUUAAAUAUGAUUUAAGUCUAUCAAUUGCAAAAAUGUAUGAUUUGGUAAGAAAAACAAGGGAAAGAGUAGGCAGUUUAGGAUAUACAGUAGGCUAUGGGCACGUUGGGGAUGGAAACUUACAUUUGGUAGUGUCAACCAAUGAGAAAGAAAAAGCUCAUAGGAUUUUGGAACCUUGGAUAUAUGAGCAGAUACAAGAAUUAAAAGGAAGUGUAAGUGCAGAGCAUGGAAUUGGGUUGUUAAAAGCUUCGAAGUUAAAAUACACAAAAAGUAAAGUGAUGAUUGAAAACAUGGUAAAUUUUAUAUAGAAACUCAUGAAAAACAUUUUCGAUCCUAAUGGAAUCAUGAAUCCAUAUAAAGUCCUUAAUAAUAGUAAUUAA